AUGGGCCAGUUUAAGAAACCUCAAACACUAGAGUUUCAAAUGGAACACCAGUGUUUAAAAUCAAACACUAGUGUCCAAAACCAGAAGUUACUGCCCAUAUUUGUACACUAGUGUCCAAGAUUAAAAACUAAUGUCCAAAAAUUUGACUCUCAAACAUUACUGUUCAAGUUGGGACACUAGAUCCCCAAACCCUCCUCCAGUUACCAUCUACCUAUUUUUGCAGUCCUGAGAGGGUCUUCAAUCAAACCUACAGAACAUUACUAUAUUGACAUGUGUUCAUUCCACAAUUGCACACAGACCAAAAUGAAUAUGAGGCAUCUGAGUUACCAUGACAAUUAUCUUCUGUUCAUUUGUGUUGAUUGAUUUCUGUCCUUUUUCAAAAGCUUUGGAGGAGCUCUGCUACCUGGUGAGGGUGAAGCAAUGGCACAAUGUGUGAAGGAAAGCAAGCAAAUCCCUUGCUGUGGUGACAUCAAGCACACAAAUGAUGAGAUUGCUGCAUUUGAAUCUUCUGGUUAUGUGAUAAGUGGAAGC